UCCGGACCCGACGCAGCGGAGUUGCAGGUUAGCUCAAGCGACCCCAUGCACCCUAACUACCCACCUGCGAAUGGCUACGAGCAUCCGACCUUCACAUCACUACACCUCCCCCAGCACUCCACGAACGACUCUUCCCACCAGCCCUCGUCACCAUAACGAACUCCCUCCACAUCACCGCAACUACCCCCGCCACUACUUCUAGCCCAUCAUGAGUCUCGAGGAGCGGAAAGGAAAUCGCAACAAGAAGAAAGUGUUGCUGAUGGGAAAAUCAGGCAGUGGCAAAUCGUCGAUGCGAUCCAUCGUAUUUAGCAACUAUGUGGCAAAAGACACUCGACGAUUAGGCGCGACAAUUGACGUGGAGCACUCGCACGUUCGAUUCCUGGGGAACCUGACGCUGAACCUGUGGGAUUGUGGAGGACAAGAUGCAUUCAUGGAAAACUACCUUGCCACGCAGCGCGACCACAUAUUUAAGAAUGUCGAGGUCCUGAUCUACGUAUUCGACGUGGAGUCGCGCGAGUUCAACCGCGAUCUGAUAACGUACUGUUCGAUAAUCGAAGCGCUCUCCCAGAACUCCCCGGAUGCCUCCGUCUUCUGUCUGAUCCACAAGAUGGACCUAGUGCAGGCGGAGCUGCGCGAGCGAUUAUACCAAGAGCGGUCCGCCGUACUGCGCGACAAAUCUCUGGGCAUGGACAUUACGACGUUUGCGACCAGCAUCUGGGACGAGACGCUGUACAAAGCGUGGGCCAAGAUCGUGUACACUUUGAUCCCGAACCUCCCGCAACUGGAGCACCACCUGACGCGGUUCGCCGAGCUCGCGGAAGCCGAGGAAGUGAUUCUGUUCGAGCGCACCACGUUCCUGGUCAUCUCGCACGUCACGCGCGCCCAGGAACCGAAUCCCUACCCAGAUCGCUUCGAGAAGAUCUCGAAUAUCGUAAAGCAGUUCAAGCAGUCGUGCACGAAGAUGGCGAGCAACUUUAUCGCGUUCGAGCUGCGCGCCCAUACGUUCUCGGCGUUCAUCGACGUGCUCACGCCGAACACUUACAUUCUGGUCGUCAUGCCCGCCAAUGCCGCAGAGAGCGCUACGACGCUCGGGAAUAUCGCGGUUGCGAGGAGGCAUUUCGAAAAGCUCGAGAAGGAAUCGGGGGCUUCGGCUCAGGGAGCGAGAUGGAACGGCGAGAACGGCCAUUAGAAAUGCCGUGAUUCGGAAGGGAAGGAUGAAGGAAGUGCGCAAUGACGAUCGAGAUAUGUACGGCACGCAUGGCUUGUGUUUAUGAUUUUAGUUUCCCGAUAUACCCGACUGGCUUCCCUGAACACUACAAGUGAUGUCGGCGGGUUUGUUUUAGUUAAUUGAGUUGGUUCCAGAGGGACCGGUUUCGGUUGGGCUCGAGAUGUUGAGGGCUAUAGCCGUCAUAGGAAGCACGCAUUGUCUUUUCGGCGUCAUAGCAACCGUUCAACAAUCGAGGUGUACUGUUUGUUCACAUGGGCUUGUUGGUUCUGCAUGUCUGUAUAUACUGGUAGCUACAAAGUACGUACCUUCGGGUGAUGUAUGUAAGGCCCGUAUCCAUAGUCACUAUGGACGUACAAAUGUUUUCCAAUUGUGACAGAAAGAG